AUGGGAGGAAUGAAACAGAAUAAAGUGAAAUUAGCUGCACCAAAAACCAAACAAAAGAAAGCCCUUAACAAAUGGAAGCAAGAAAAGCAAGAAAAGAGCAGCGACAAUGGUGUAAAGGGCCCAAGCCGCGCUAAAUUGGGCGUUUCAAAAGUGGACAAAAAAGCCACACGCAAACCGAUGGUAUUUGUUUCACCAAAAAAAGACGCUUCAUCCGAGAAGAUGGAUGAUUCGGACGAAGCAGAACAGCAGGAAACCGUUCCAUCCAAACUACCAGUGCUGGAACCGGUUCCGACCGACAUACCCGAUCCGCAACUGGAACCGCACAAAAUAAAACUAUUGCAACCGCUGAUCGGGUACAUUUACAACGGUGAUCAGUUGUCGCUGAAGCAAAGCUUCGAACAGGCCGGGCUGCUGCUAUCGCCAGAUUACAAUGAGAAGACGCGUAUAUUUCGCUUCUUGGUAAAUAUGAAGGAAAUGUGCCGAGCGGAAGGCGAAAAGAACGAAGCACAUUCGAUUGCGCGCGAGAAGCUGGUACAGAUCGUCCGGUACUACUGUUACACCGUAAAGCGUGUAAAGGAGUAUCACACCCGUAGGAAAAUUUUCUACACCCGACCACCGAAACCGUCGCUUCAGGCACAGAAGGAUCUGAAGAAACUCUCGGAAGAGAACGUUGGUUUUCAGAUGUUGCAGAAGCAAGGCUGGAAUCCGGGAUCCGCACUCGGUGUAUCGGCUGACGGUAUUAUCGAACCGAUUGUAGCCCAGAAACGUAAGGGUAAAAGCGGUCUCGGCGUGGAAGAUGCUGUCGCCCCGGAUGGAACUGCUGGCGAGAAGGUGAAGAUUCCGCUGGAAGCGUUCUACCUGCUGCUGAAACAGUACGCCGGUGUAAAUGCACUGUACGAUAUAGUGUUUAGCACGCAGUUUUCCAAACAUCAGAUGGCUAAAUUGAAAAACUUUGCUACAUCGUUGAAGCUGCUGCCACUGAUGAUUGGCAGCAACAAGAAGAAACUGGUCGUGAGCCAGCCACUAACGAUCAAGCAGAUCAAAGAGGGCGUCAUAAAGGGACACUCGGAUCUGUGCGCCAAGUACGUCGUCAUACCACCCGCGGCCGGUAUUCCGGAGAAAGACAGGGUACUGUAA